AUGGCUAGUUCGAAAAACAGAUCGGUUGUUUUCCCUCCGUUUGAUGAGGAUCAGGUUUCAUCAUGGAAAGCGACGCGGUGGAUUGGCAUCAUUGGGCUUGGAGACAUGGGCAAGCUUUAUGCUACUAAGUUUUUGAGUGCGGGGUGGAAGGUUUGUGCGUGUGAUCAAGAAUCCAAGUACGAUGGACUCGUGGAGGAAUAUAAAGACUCCGAACUUAAGAUCCUGCAUAACGGCCACUACGUGUCGCGAAUGAGUGAUUAUAUUAUCUAUAGUGUGGAGGCUGAGAACAUUCACAAGAUUGUUUCUCUCUACGGGCCUUCAACAAAGAUGGGCGCAAUUGUAGGAGGUCAAACCUCAUGCAAAGCACCUGAGAUUUCUGCAUUUGAAAAGUAUCUUCCUGAAGAUGUUGAUAUUAUUACGUGCCAUUCGCUGCAUGGUCCCAAGGUUGCAACAGUGGGCCAACCACUUGUACUGAUCAACCAUCGGUCGCGUGGGGAAGACUCGUUUACAUUUGUACGGAGUGUUUUCCGAGAGUUUGAGUCAAAGAAUGUUUAUCUUUCAGCAGAGGAGCAUGAUCGGAUUACAGCGGAUACCCAGGCAGUGACACAUGCUGCAUUUUUAAGUAUGGGUGUAGCAUGGCAGGGCAAUAAUCAGUACCCAUGGACAAUUCCCAAAUGGAUUGGUGGGAUUGAGAAUGCCAAAGUAAACAUUUCGCUGCGCAUUUUUUCUAAUAAGUGGCAUGUGUACGCUGGACUUGCCAUUACAAACCCUCACGCACACCCGCAGAUUUUGCAGUAUGCGCAGUCUGUGACGGCGCUGUUUAAGCUGAUGAUUGAAGGCAAGAGCGAUGAGUUACGGGCGCGGCUGUUUAGUGCACGGGAGGCAGUGUUUGGGCAAUUGCAGAAGUCUCAUAGUUUGUUGUUGCCAGAUGAGUUACUUGAGCGGUACUCUCUGAGCAAGAUUCCUCCGCAGGGCAAGCGGGCCAAUUCACAUUUGAGUUUGCUUGCGAUUGUUGAUAGUUGGUAUCAGUUGGGGGUGAAUCCAUAUGAUCAUAUGAUAUGCUCGACACCUUUGUUUCGGAUUUGGUUGGGAGUUACGGAGUAUUUAUUUUGUACAGAGGGACUUUUGGAGGAGUGUAUAAGUGCAACAGCUGAGAAUAGUUUCCGCGGAGAUGACUUGGAGUUUUGUAUAGCGGCGCGGACGUGGAGCGAUAUUGUUGCACAUGGGGACUUUGCAUUGUACCGAGCGACGUUUGAGCGUACGCAGGCAUACUUUGCACCGAUGUUACAGGAAGCCAACAAGAUUGGUAACGAGAUGAUCAAGACGAUUUUAAAGAAGACAAAUUGA